CCCUGCCUCGUUAGGCCCAGUCUGCUGCUCGUAUAGUCGUCUCGCUCACUAGCACGGCUUGAGGCGAGAGUGCUUUGCCCUCAUUUAAGUGUGGUUAAGAGUGUACAGCAUGCGUCACGCUCACACGUCGCGAGUACAAUUUUUGUGUGGACGUCCAGUGUGUGGCUGCUGUGGGAAAAGCUGAAGAAAAUUGCAUUUUUUGCAUAAUGCGCGACGUGAAAAGCUAACAAAAGUUGUGCUAAAUUAAAAUUCAGUAGUCUGGCCACGGUUUGUGCGUAAGAACGGGCGGCGCGAACGUGUUUGGAGCACAAAAACCACGUCUCGAAAAGUGAAGAAUUCUACGUCCACACAUUUUGGGCUGCCAUAUAUAUAAAAAAAACGCAUACAAACGCAUUUUCUUGCUGUAUAGAGGAGCAGUACACACACUCAGGCCGAGCACAUAGACACACACACGCAUACAAUUGCACUCACGAGAAAUGCGAGCAUAAAGAAGAAUUUUUUCUUAGUUGUAUUACAAGAGCAUUAGAUACAUAUAUAAGUAUAUACAUAUACAUAUAUACACGCCUAGGUGUGUACAUAAAAGAUACAUACAUAUAAUUAAACGAAAGCUGUGCCUACAUUUGUGUUCUUUUCCAAUAUUAAAAUAACAACAACAAGCAACAAGAACAAUAACAUAAAUAAAAUAAUGCAAAUCAAGAGAGAGAUAGAGACGAGCUAAAGCCCACUUGUCUGUUGCUAAUUCCAAUUUAUAUAAAUACGCCUACGCCACGCCCACGCGCAACUACAACAACAACAACAAAUGCAAAAUCAACCAAACGAAUAAAACUUUAAACUACUUUAAAGUGUGAUAAGCAAAAGGCUGAAAUCAAAAACAAAAACAAAAACAAAACUAUAAAUUAGUAGAAAACCAAAAGCAAAGGCAACAACAACAAAGGAAACAACAAUCAAUUACAUUUUACACCAAAACACGAAACAUCAACAAGAGAAAAACGAGAACACGAGCCAACCUUUUAUACAUUAAUUAUUUUUCUUAAACCAAACCUAACUUAGUGCAAAAACAUGUAUCCAGUCGGACAACAGUCACAGUGGACCCCCUCGCCCACUCGGCCUCAGAGUCCCUCUCAGGCGCAGACUAGCUUCGACACGCUCACAUCACCACCAGCGCCCGGCUCGUCGGUCAAUCCCACCGCCGUCACCAGCCCAAGUGCCCAGAAUGUGGCCGCUGGUGGAGCAACUGUGGCCGGUGCAGCUGCAACUGCCGCCCAGGUGGCCUCCGCCUUGGGCGCCACCACCGGCAGCGUGACGCCAGCGAUUGCCACCGCCACGCCAGCCACUCAGCCGGAUAUGCCCGUUUUCACAUGUCCACGUCGCCCGAAUCUCGGACGAGAGGGUCGCCCGAUUGUGCUGCGAGCCAAUCACUUCCAGGUGACGAUGCCGCGUGGCUAUGUGCAUCAUUACGACAUUAAUAUUCAGCCGGACAAGUGCCCGAGGAAGGUGAACCGUGAGAUUAUCGAGACUAUGGUGCAUGCCUACAGCAAAAUUUUCGGCGUGCUCAAGCCGGUGUUCGAUGGUCGUAAUAAUCUGUACACCCGCGAUCCGCUGCCAAUUGGCAACGAGCGUCUGGAACUGGAGGUGACUCUACCCGGCGAGGGCAAGGAUCGCAUCUUUCGCGUGACGAUCAAGUGGCAGGCUCAGGUCUCGCUCUUUAAUCUGGAGGAGGCUCUCGAAGGCCGCACCCGGCAGAUACCCUAUGAUGCCAUUCUGGCUCUGGACGUGGUUAUGCGCCAUCUCCCCAGCAUGACGUACACGCCGGUGGGACGCAGCUUUUUCAGCUCCCCAGAUGGUUACUACCAUCCUUUGGGAGGUGGACGCGAGGUUUGGUUCGGUUUCCAUCAGAGCGUGAGGCCCUCACAGUGGAAAAUGAUGCUUAAUAUUGAUGUCUCGGCCACCGCUUUCUACAAGGCUCAACCAGUCAUUGAUUUUAUGUGCGAGGUGUUGGACAUUCGCGACAUUAACGAGCAACGUAAACCGCUUACCGACUCGCAGCGUGUCAAGUUUACCAAGGAGAUAAAGGGUCUUAAGAUCGAGAUCACCCACUGCGGCCAGAUGCGUCGCAAGUACCGUGUGUGCAACGUCACCAGGCGUCCUGCCCAGAUGCAAUCCUUCCCUCUGCAGCUGGAGAACGGACAGACCGUAGAGUGCACUGUGGCCAAGUACUUCUUGGACAAAUACCGCAUGAAACUGCGCUAUCCGCAUUUGCCCUGCCUGCAGGUGGGUCAGGAGCACAAGCACACAUACCUCCCUCUGGAAGUGUGCAACAUUGUGGCUGGACAGCGGUGCAUAAAGAAGCUCACCGACAUGCAGACCUCGACCAUGAUCAAGGCCACCGCCCGUUCUGCUCCGGAUCGCGAGCGUGAGAUCAACAAUUUGGUGAAACGCGCCGACUUCAACAACGAUUCAUACGUGCAGGAGUUCGGCCUGACCAUUUCCAAUUCGAUGAUGGAAGUGCGAGGACGCGUUCUCCCGCCGCCCAAGCUUCAGUAUGGGGGACGUGUGUCCACCGGACUAACCGGUCAGCAAUUGUUCCCGCCGCAGAACAAGGUGAGCUUGGCCUCGCCCAACCAGGGCGUAUGGGAUAUGCGCGGCAAGCAGUUCUUCACUGGCGUGGAGAUCCGGAUCUGGGCCAUCGCCUGUUUUGCCCCACAGCGAACUGUGCGCGAGGAUGCACUGCGUAACUUCACCCAGCAGCUGCAGAAGAUCUCAAACGAUGCCGGCAUGCCGAUCAUUGGCCAGCCGUGCUUCUGCAAGUAUGCCACUGGGCCGGAUCAGGUGGAGCCUAUGUUCCGCUACCUGAAGAUCACAUUUCCGGGAUUGCAGCUCGUCGUUGUGGUCUUGCCGGGCAAGACUCCGGUGUAUGCCGAAGUAAAGCGCGUGGGCGACACAGUGCUCGGCAUGGCCACCCAGUGUGUGCAGGCCAAGAACGUAAACAAGACAUCGCCGCAGACGCUGUCUAACCUGUGUCUUAAGAUCAACGUCAAGUUGGGUGGCAUUAAUUCGAUCCUGGUGCCGUCCAUCCGACCAAAGGUCUUUAACGAGCCGGUUAUAUUUUUGGGUGCUGAUGUGACCCACCCACCAGCUGGCGACAACAAGAAACCAUCGAUUGCAGCCGUCGUGGGGUCCAUGGAUGCCCAUCCAUCGCGCUACGCAGCCACCGUUCGGGUGCAGCAGCACCGCCAGGAGAUCAUCCAGGAGCUGAGCAGCAUGGUCCGCGAGUUGCUAAUCAUGUUCUACAAGUCGACGGGCGGCUACAAGCCCCACCGCAUCAUACUAUACCGCGACGGUGUCUCCGAGGGCCAGUUCCCUCAUGUUUUGCAGCAUGAGUUGACCGCCAUCCGGGAGGCUUGCAUUAAGCUUGAACCAGAGUACCGACCGGGCAUCACGUUCAUCGUGGUCCAGAAGCGCCAUCACACGCGUCUCUUCUGCGCCGAGAAAAAGGAGCAGAGCGGCAAAUCGGGCAAUAUUCCCGCAGGCACCACCGUCGAUGUGGGCAUCACACAUCCCACCGAAUUCGAUUUCUAUCUGUGCAGCCAUCAGGGCAUUCAGGGCACCAGUCGCCCCUCGCAUUACCACGUUCUGUGGGACGACAAUCACUUUGACUCGGACGAGCUGCAGUGCCUCACGUACCAGCUGUGCCACACGUACGUCCGCUGCACCCGUUCCGUCAGUAUACCGGCGCCGGCCUACUACGCCCAUCUAGUGGCCUUCCGUGCCAGGUACCAUCUGGUGGAGAAGGAGCACGAUUCGGGCGAGGGCUCGCACCAGAGCGGCUGUUCGGAGGAUCGCACGCCGGGCGCCAUGGCCAGGGCCAUCACUGUGCACGCGGACACCAAGAAGGUUAUGUACUUUGCCUAAAAAGUAUCGUCCCCAUUUACCAACACCAAAAAGCUAAGGAAUACAAAAUCAGUUUCGAAAUUCGAUUCGAAUAAACUACUCCCCCUUCCUCCCCCCGAUCAGAAAGCGGAUGAAAGCCAAGGCUAGAAGUUUAGUAUUUAGUUUAAAGUUACAUUUUACUUUGAGAGAACGCGAUCAGAGAAAACCAACGAGAAUACGAAGAUCUUGCAUGUUAUUUAGUAAGCAGAAGAAAAUCCCACAAAGACACAAUUACUAACACCACUUACUCAUCCACACACAAAGCAGAUAGCCACGAAGUGAGAAAUUAUAGGAAUAGGCAAUCGAAUGUCAGGCACAAGUUUGCGCAACCGAAGGAAAAUACAAGAAGUGGAAAGCGAAAUGUGAGAUUUCUCAAGAACAAGCGUAGCAAACAAAUUGAAAGAAUAUAGGAAAUCAACUAAAGGGAACAAAAACUACGGCAGCAACACCAACCAACACCAGAACACAAAAAAUUAAAAGAGUCAUCACACGAGAGAGAGACAACUUUUGUAAUAGAAAUUACGAUUAAAUUGUACAAUAUAUUUUUACACGAUACGAAAUGAAGACAUGAUGAAUGAAUAUGAAUGAAUGCAUACAACCAAAGGUUUUUAGUAUACAAAAUGAAUACGUUGCUGAUCGACUCACACAGCAAACACCACAAGAACACCAACCACUCGGAUUCUCUGUACUGUGAACGAAGACCACCACCAAAUUAUAAACAAAAACCACAAACGACAUUAAAGCGACAAGCAUUGAAAGAGUGUAGACACAACUUAGCAUGUACUAAUGAAAUACUUCAAUAACUAGGGCGCAGAUUAAACCAAGCAAGAACAUUUAAUAGUUUGUAAGUUGGGCUCUACCAAAAAAACAGAGUAUGCCAGAUCAGAUGUAUGGACAAUGAGAGCGCGGCGGAAUAACGAGAAAUGCAAUUUCAACAAGGGACAAACUUUUGGUCAAAACAAUAGCUAUACUUAUAAAGCGGAGCCUAAUAUAUACAUACCUAAGCCUAGAACUAACGUUUAAAGUUUUUACAAAGCAAGAAAAAUGCGGAAUGGAACUGUAACAAUAUAGAAUACUUAAAUUCAAAAGUGCAAAUAACGCGGUAGCAGAUACGUUUGCAGUGCUGAUAUUUUAUGUUAGUGUUUAGUUCAUCCCCUUGUAUGCACACACAAUCAGACUCCGAACUUCUCCCCUCCCCGAGUCCAAAGCAUAUCACUCAAUGUCCUCUUAUUUAUGUAUCUCCCACCCUUAGCCUAACGAUAUUUAGUUGUACCUUAUAUUUUUUUAAAAGCGUAACGAAAUUUGUUGAUUUCUUCAUGUUGAUUCUUCGAAUGGGCAAACAGAUCGCGAACAGGCCUGCUUUUAAUUGUAAUUUCGAAUUAAUUAACUUUAGAGCAAAGUGGUGUACGGGUAAUAUAAACAAGGUAACUCUUCUCCACCGUCCCCCGGAGAGAGGUGGCAACUACAUUUCAAUAUUUUACAAAGUAGUUUUAGUUUCGCCAAAAUCAACAAGCAACAACAAACAAACAAUAUCAAUAUGAGACCUAUGCUUAGUAAUUGUACUAUAUCGAGGACACAGUUCAAGUUAACAUUAUGAUGAGUUGUUAUUUAUGCGGUGCGGGAGAGGAAGAUUUCCUUCGAAUCUCCCGGGCCGAACCUUAUUUAUAAUUGUGUACAUCCUUUACAGAUCCUUUAAUUUAGACCUAGUUUCCAAGUUUGCAAGUUGUUUUGCCAAUCGUAUACAUUAUGUGAGCAUUAUAAAAUACAUAAUAUAUAAAUCUA